GCUUCCUGUAACAUCCACCGAUAGCCUCCUAACUCCUAAACUAGAUGCAUUUGGAGCACACAACAUUUAAUUUCCGGCGCAUACCUUUUGGACUCGUCGUAAUAAAAAAUAAAAAAUCCGUAAUUCCGCGACGCCUCGUGCUAACAGCGAGCGUUAGCCGUUGAUGUAAGCUAGCUGGCUACAUGUGGUGGACCUGCGCGUGACGCGUCACCACAGCGGUCAGAGAGAGAGCUGCCCUUCCGCUGACUGCCCAGCCUCCAAGGGGAGAAGAGAUUCAGAGUGGCAAACUCCUUCAGGUGAUGGAGGAUGAUGGAUAACCUUGCAUCCAAUAAGAGCCACAUCCCUUGUGAGUCGUGGGCGGGCCAGAAUGACUGGUCCACUGCUUCACCUCAAGGCUCGCUCCUCAACCCGCUGCCCGGCUCUCAGCACCUCAUCCUGGCCUCGUCCGCUCAACAGAGACCCCCCUACGACCACCUGCAGGGGUCCGAUCGGAGCUGUGUGAGCGACCUCGGCGUCGCUCACCACUCUGCUCUGUACAAAGCGUCUCUCGUCGGUGACAACCCGCCUCAAUCCAACUCGCUCUUCGCCGACGCAGCCGUCCCCGGCAGCUCUCACAUGAUCUCCUUCGCCCAGCAGACCUCUCACGCUUCACCGACGCCGCCGACCGCCAACCAAGGCAGAAGAAAGAAAACGCCUUCUUUUCCCCAAGCGAACCACGCUCCACAGCCCCAAGUCCUGCUCGCUCCCCACGAGCUUUACAGAGCACCGUUUCAACCUCCGUCGGCCAAUCGGAGUUCACCAAACGGACUCGUGCCCGUCGGCCCGCCUUCGUGUGGCCAGCGGCUGAGUACGACUCGGGUUUCUUUUCAAGGAGGGAAUGUGGCGUUUGCCGGACUCCCUCACAGCCGGGCCGUCCCUCCGGAGCAGAGUCCAUGGAUGUCUUCGUCUCACUGUAGAGGGGCUGUAACCGAGUCCAUCGCCGACGCAGCUGCUCCUCCGAAAAACGAGCCGUCGCAAGAGGAGAGCAUCAGUCCACCGGCCUACGACGAGCGGCAGCGGCUGGUGCUGCUGCAGCAGCGAGCGCAGCUCCUGCAACAAGUGGCAGAGCUGGAUAAACUUCUGGAGUCCAUAAACCCGGAGGAGAGCCGUGAUGGGAAGUCUCCACCAAUACACAUUCAGUCUGCUCACGGUGAACAGUCCACGAACAGGGCAAAGUCAGAGUCCCAUCUUUCAUCGGACUGUUCCUCUCCUGCAUCGUCCGAUGAGGAUGACUCGAUGUCGGCGGUGGAUUUCGAGGACGAGCUAGUGAAGGACUCGGCCGAGUCGUCGGAGGACAGCGAUCCUGAUUUCUCUUCCUACAGCGACGGGGACUUCUCCGACUUCCUGUCCGGCCCAGACUGGGGCUCCUCAGACGAGUCCGUCCCCGGCGACCCCUCGGCCCUCGCCGCGGUGGCCAAGUCUUCUCCGCCUGAAAAAAUGGCGGCGGAAUCCGAAAGUUCUCCGGUUCUGGAAAAAACCGCCAGUCCCCAAAGAAAGAUACGGCCGACAAAUCCCAGGAACUCUUUCAAAACGGUGGUGUUGCCGAGCUCCAGCUCCAAAGAGAGACGCGUCUACGACCGGAGGAACUACUGUCUGUUCUGCGCCAAUCCGGAAUCCAAAAUGUCGCGACACCUGGAGAGGAUCCACAGCGACAAGCCGGAGGUCGCGGCCGUGUUCCAGUUCGCCAAAAGGUCCAAAGAAAGGUACAAAAUAUGGAACCGGCUCAUAAACCAGGGGAACUUCCUCCACAACAAAGAAGUCCUGAAGACGGGAAAGGGCCUCCUGGUGUCCCGGCAGCGGCCGAGGAAGACUCAGGAAGCCCGAGACUUCCUCCACUGCCUCUACUGCCGGGGCUUCUUCAGGAAGAAGACGCUGGCCAAGCACAUGAAGCUGUGCCCGGAGAAAGAGGGCAAGGAGAACGAGCCGGAGGUCGGCAGGAAGAGCCUCCUGCUGCGCUGCGUGCUGGAAACCCUGGACGACCUCGGGAUAAGCGACGGCUUCAAGGACGUCCUGUCCUCCAUGGCGUUCGACGACGUGACGCAGGCGAUCCUGGCGGACGGCAUCAUCCUGCAGUACGGCGAGGACCUCUUGAGUCAGCCCGGCUCCGGCGCCAAGAAGCACGAGUACAUCCGGCAGAACCUCCGGCUGAUCGCGCGGCUCGUCCUCGAGGCUCAGAGCGCCACGCCGCCGCUGGAGAAGCUGGAGGACUUCUUCCUCCCGGCGAGCUUCCCGCACGUGGUGCGCUGCGUGAACGUCCUGGCGGGCUACGACCCGGAGACCAAGACGUACGCGCUGCCGUCGCUCGCCCUCAAGCUCGGCCACAACCUGCAGAAGACCUGCGGCGUCGCGGCGGGCGUCGCGGCGAGGGCCGGCGACGCCCGCCGGGCCGAGUCCGCUCGCGGCUUCCUCGCCGCGUACCGCGACAAGUGGAACGCGCUGGUGUCCGGCGCCGCGCUCACGUCCAUCCGGGAGACCAGGCUGGCCAAGGAGAGGAAGGUGCCGUUCGCGCAGGACGUGAAGCGCCUGAACUCCCACAUGAAGGGCGUCCAUCUCGUGGCGGAGACGAACCUCAGGGACGCGGCGACGGGGGAGAACUACGCCGCGCUGGCCAAGGUGACGCUCGCGCGCACCAUCCUGUUCAACCGGAGGAGCGUCAGCGAGGUGUCCUCGCUGGAGGAGGCGGCGUUCGCGUUGCGGGCGAGGAAGUCGUCCGACGUGCCGUGCGGCAUGGACGCCUCCGUCUCCGACCUGGAGAGGAGCAUGUGCGAGUUGCUCACGCGGGUCGACAUACGAGGCAAGUCGGGGAGGCUCGUCCCCGUGCUGCUGACGCCGGCGUUGGUGGCGGCCAUGGAGCUCCUGGUGGGCGUGCGCGAGGCAUGCGGCGUGCCGCGGCAGAACCCCUUCGUCUUCGGACGCCCGCAGACGCUGUCCGCCUACCGCGGCUCCGUCUGCAUCCUGAGGCUGGUCAGGGACUGCGGCGCCGUGGACCCGGCGGAGCUCACGGCCACAAAGAUCCGGAGGCACUACGGGACGAUGCUGCAGCUCAUGAACCUCGACGAGAAGGAGAGCGCCAUGAUGCUGGGACCGGAGAGCCACGACCCCCUGGGGGCGGAGCCUGCUGAUCUUCAUCGAGGACGAGCACGCGCAGCAACGACGGACGCCAUCACGGCCGCGCCUCCAAAAUCAGAAGCAGAAGGCUCCAGAUAUAAGACCAAACACAAAUGGGGGGAGGCGGAGGUCCUCGCCGUGGAGAGGCACAUGAAGCACUUCAUCAAGGCUCACCGGGUCCCGCAGAAGAACGACUGCAUUCAGUGUCUGGAGGCGGAGCCUACGGCCCUGAGGAUCCGCUCGUGGAAGGGCGUGAAGGACUACGUCAGGAACCGGAUCACCGCCCUGAAAAGGCAAAGCAGGGGAAUCCGAAAGCCACGACCCUGAAACGGUAACGGGGGCCAAGUGGGACGGCAGAAGACCACCGGACACUUUUUUAGACUUUAUUCUUUUAUACCGCACCACAUUCCCCUCGUGGAUUCUCCCGCCUCCACGUGCUCCUCUCCGGGUCUUCGGUUGCUCUCUUGUGCCACUUUAAGGGCGUCUGCGUCCAUUAGAACAGAUUAACAUUUUAUUUUGUGAUUGUUUCUAUUCCUCCCAUACUUGCUAUAACAGUUUAUUGUUCACUGUGGUUUUGUUUUAUUUCGUUAAGUUCACCUGGACAGAGACGGCUCACAUGUCCACGUUGUUGGAUCUGUAAGUUGAUGUCUGUGAACGGGGGAUCGGGUAGACUGUAUUUCGUUGUUCUCUUUGGUUUUCUAUAACAGCUUUAUCACCAAUAAAGUAAACGCUUUAUGGUUUAACAAAACACAAGUUAGUAUAAAUGGUGUUCCAGUGAUUUGCUAAUUUGUGUAUUUUGUUCCUCGUGUGUAUAAUUGAUAAUCGUCAUGCAGUGAUGGAAGUAUUCAGAUAUUUUAAUAGAUGGAGCAGCAAGUCAGACAUUUCAAUAUUUACUAUUGAAAGAUUAAAGAAGUUGUGUGUGUGUGUAUAUAUUUAUAUAAUUAAUUUGGUAUAUAUAUUUAUAUAUGUAUAUAUAUAUUUAUAUAUAUUUAAUAAACAAUUAUUACGAAUAAUACUCUAUACAUUAUUAAUAUGCUGCAUUUUGAUCUAUAGAUACAUAAGUAAAGGUACAGAAACUUUUCUAAAAUAAAGUGGUGAGUAGAAGUAAAUAUUAGUAAGAAUGAAUGGAAUUUCCUAAAUAAUACAAAUACAUGGACAUUUCUAUGAUAAUUUAUAGAUUCUUUUUUUUAAAUUCCUUAACAAAUAUACCUUUAUUCUAAUUAUUGAUUUAUUGCGAUCCCGAAUCUUUGGCUUUUAUUUUGAAAGAGUACGGCAGAAAUGCGUCGGCGUUUUUUCCCCUGCAACUUGACACGCUAGCAGUGCAGCAACGGCUGCAGGGUGCACGGAAUCACGACCGUGAACGCAUCACGGGGCCAUUGAACCGGCCGCACGGCGGGUUCUCAUCGAAAGGAUUUAAUUGGGAAGCAACGCGAGUAAAUCAUUUAUUAUGUAAAAAGUGUUUCGCUCCCGUCGGCGACGUGAACCCCCCCCCCCCCCCCCCAACCGAGGUAUGUACCGGUUUAUUAUGUCAAAUCAUCUCGUUUCCUCUUUCAUAUUACGGAUUUUUAUAUUAAUAUUAUUGUCUGUUUACUCCAAAAUAAACUAUUACACAAAUAAAU